AUGUAUAGUGAUAUUGUUGAUCUGUGUGAGAGGCUAAAGUUGACAGAGGGAGAGCAACAAGAGGUUGAGAUUCAUGAAGAGGAUGUGAGGUGGACUCUGGAGAAAAGUAAGAAGUGCAUUAUGGCAUGUGUCUUGGCCGACAAGGAGAUCAAUAGGAAUGCUUUUAGAAACACACUGAUCAAAGUCUGGCAAAUAGAGGGCAAAGCAGAUAUUACUGACAUGAGGAGGAACAAGUUCUUAAUAGCUUUUACAUACUACGUAGACAAAAAUAGGGUCAUGCAUGGGCGUCCAUGGACUUUUGACAAGUUCUUAAUUUGUCUUGUUGACUAUGAAGACGUUGCUUUCCCUAAGGAAAUGCAAUUCACGAAGGAACCAUUCUGGAUCCAAUGCCAUGAUUUACCUUUUGCAUGUAUGAAUUAUGGUACAGGGGAGAGGCUUGGAAACUCUGUGGGACAAGUUCUUAGGGUGGAGACUAGCGGAGGGGGUUCAAGUUGGGGGAAGUUUACACGCUUCAAAAUAUUCCAUGAUAUCACCAAGCCUUUAGCCAGGGGCAGAUUCCUUACCCUGGGAGUAUUACAUGAAAAAUUGCCAAACUUUUGUUAUACUUGUGGCAUUAUCAAUCAUAUGGCAGGCAACUAUAGAAAGUUGGAGUGGGAGUCCAGUCGAACCAACAGUUUAUCACCUCAGUAUGGAGCCUGGUUAAGGGCCUAG